CUGCUGCGCUGCGGAGGAGCGUCCGGCGGCCGUCGCAACCGGUUGCUUCGGCCGCCGUGGUGAGGGGAGCGGGCCUGCACGUCGCUGGGGCUCGCAGGGCGCUGUCAGUCGACCCCGCGCAGACCUGCUCAGGGGCCCGCGCCGCUCGGCAGGUCCGUGGCCUUUCGGAUUCCUGUUCUUGAAGUCUGGUUUUGGAUGCCGACAAGGGGGCGGCGCAGGAGCGAACAGUUGUCCUGGGAGCGAGGCCUGCUCUGCGCGGAGCAGAAACGCCUGCAUUUUGAUUUGAAUCCUUGGAUGCCCGUUGGACAAACACUUGAAAUCUGCACGUCAUCGUCAGAGUGUAGCAGGACCAUCAGGCCUUUCCUUUGUGUGGGGAGGAGAGAACCUGUGUGCUGUGGAGAUGAGCGGGGAGCAGCAGCUUGAUGCAGAUGCUGGAUCUGGUAUGGAAGAAGUGGAAUUAAACUGGGAAGAUUAUCUAGAAGAAACAGGGUCCACAGCUGUUCCCUAUGGGGCAUUUAAACAUGUGGACAUCCGUUUACAAAACGGAUUUGCUCCUGGGAUGAAAUUGGAGGUUGCUGUGAGAACAAAUCCUGAAACGUACUGGGUUGCUACUGUCAUUACCACCUGUGAGCAGUUGCUCCUCCUCCGCUAUGAUGGCUACGGGGAGGAUCGGAGAGCAGACUUCUGGUGUGACAUUAGAAAAGCUGGUCUCUACCCCAUUGGCUGGUGUGAGCAGAAUAAGAAGACCCUGGAAGCCCCAGAAGGCAUCCGAGACAGAGUGUCUGAUUGGGCAGCUUUUCUGCGGCAAGCCCUGAUGGGAGCAUGUAGUCCUCCUGUUCCACUGCUAGAGGGCCUCCGCCAUGGAAGGAAUCCUUUAGAUCUCAUUGCUCCAGGAUCCAGGCUAGAAUGCCAAGCGUUUUGGGACACUCUAAGCACUUGGAUUGUUACUGUAGUAGAAAACAUUGGGGGACGGCUGAAGCUGCGUUAUGAAGGACUGGAAAGUACUGAUAAUUUUGAACAUUGGUUAUAUUACUUGGAUCCAUUUCUUCAUCAUGUUGGUUGGGCUGCUCAACAAGGAUAUCAGCUUGAGCCCCCACAGGCCGUCAGACAUUUGAAAAAUGAAGCUGAGUGGAAGGAGAUUUUGACCAAAGUCCAGGAGGAGGAAGAAGAGCCAUUGCCAUCUUAUUUAUUUAAGGACAAACAGAUUAUUGGCGUUCAUGCAUUCUCUGUAAAUAUGAAAUUGGAAGCUGUGUACCCAUGGUCACCUUUUGAGAUCUCUCCUGCUACAGUUGUUAAGGUUUUUGAUGAGAAGUACUUUCUGGUGCAGAUGGAUGAUUUGCGACCAGAGGGCCAUGCACGGCGAUCAUUUGUGUGCCAUGUUAAUAGUCCUGGCAUUUUCCCUGUACAGUGGAGUCUAAAGAAUGGUAUAAACAUCAGUCCACCUCCAGGAUACCCAAGCCAGGACUUCGACUGGGCUGACUACCUCAAGCAGUGUGGUGCUGAAGCUGCUCCCCAGCGGUACUUCCCUCUGUCAGUUUCUGAGCAUGAAUUUAAGGAGAACAUGAAGCUUGAGGCAGUGAAUCCUCUUUUCCGAGAAGAAGUGUGCAUUGCCACCAUCACUGCAGUCAGAGGCUCCUACCUGUGGCUCCAGCUGGAGGGAUCUAAGAAGCCUGUACCUGAAUGUAUUGUGAGCGUGGAAUCCAUGGACAUAUUUCCUUUGGGCUGGUGUGAGACCAAUGGCCACCCUCUCAGCACUCCUCGCCGGGCACGAGUACAUAAACAGAGGAAAAUUGCCGUGGUUCAACCAGAAAAACAAAUACCAUCCUCAAGGACUGUUCACGAGGGCCUAAAGAGUCAAGAGCUGAACUCUGCAGAUUCAGUUACAAUUAAUGGAAAAUAUUGCUGUCCAAAGAUAUAUUUCAACCACCGUUGCUUCUCAGGGCCAUAUCUUAACAAAGGAAGAAUUGCUGAGCUCCCUCAAUGUGUAGGACCUGGGAACUGUGUUCUCGUCCUCAGAGAGGUCCUCACUUUACUUAUCAAUGCGGCCUAUAAGCCCAGCCGUGUUCUUCGGGAGCUCCAGCUGGACAAAGACUCCGUGUGGCAUGGCUGUGGGGAAGUACUGAAAGCCAAAUAUAAAGGAAAGAGUUAUCGGGCUACUGUUGAAAUAGUGAAAACAGCAGAUCGGGUGACUGAAUUCUGCCGGCAGACCUGUAUCAAACUGGAAUGCUGUCCUAACCUGUUUGGUCCACGGAUGGUUCUGGAUACAUGUUCUGAGAACUGCUCUGUACUUACAAAGACCAAAUACAAUACUAGAGAGGAUUUGGAAUAUUCUCAACAAAAAAGAAAUGCACACUAUUAUGGAAAGAAGAAAAAUAAAAGAAUUGGGAGGCCACCUGGUGGGCAUAGUAACUUAGCUUGUGCCCUGAAAAAAGCCAAUAAGAGAAGAAAGAGGCGGAAAAAUGUUUUUGUUCAUAAGAAAAAACGCUCCUCUGCAUCUGUUGACAAUACUCCAGUGGGCUCACCUCAGGGAAGUGGGGCUGAAGAGGAAGAUGAUGUAGAUGAAGGGGAUGAAGAUUCCCUCAGUGAAGGUAGCACCUCUGAGCAGCAGGAUGAGCUACAGGAAGAGUCAGAAACAUCAGAGAAAAAGUCAUGCUCCUCCUCUCCUACCCAAAGUGAGAUGUCCACCUCACUGCUCCCAGACAAACAGAGGAGAAAAAGAGAGCUGCGCACCUUGUCAUUUUCUGAUGAUGAAAAUAAACCUCCUUCACCAAAGGAAAUAAGGAUUGAGGUUGCUGAAAGGCUUCAUCUGGACAGUAACCCCCUGAAGUGGAGUGUGGCAGAUGUUGUGCGGUUCAUCAGAUCUACUGACUGUGCUCCGCUAGCAAGAAUAUUCCUAGACCAGGAAAUCGAUGGUCAGGCCCUGUUGCUCCUUACCCUUCCCACCGUUCAAGAGUGCAUGGACUUAAAAUUGGGCCCUGCCAUCAAGCUUUGCCAUCACAUAGAAAGGAUCAAGUUUGCUUUCUAUGAGCAGUUUGCCAACUGAGAAGGACAACCAAAGUGAGCUGGACCUUUGAAGCACAAAUGCAGCAAAUCCCUCACCCUGUUCUAUAGGUGGAGCUGUAUAGUCCUGGGGCUGUGGACCCUGUAGGUGUCGGCUUGCUCUCUUUGCACUUUCAGGGAAGGAGGACCCACACUGAGGAAGCAAAAAUGGCACAAAGUGGCUCUCCUACCAGUGGAAAUGUGGACAGCUCAUACUCAGCAGGUUGCAGUUUUUAAAAAAUAAAGGCUGUGAAGAAAAAGUCAAGAGAAAAAUAAGCAUUUCCAGUGGUGUGGACUGAAAACAAAGAGUAAUCUAGGUGACUGGAUAGCACCUUUUUAGUUUUCUUUUCAUCCUGUUUCUUCCUACUGUAGACUGAACUUUGUUCUCUGCUUUCUUU